AUGAGACAGAAGAAAGAAUUGAUGAUGUUCCAAAUAAUGAAAUCAAAUUAACAUAAUAUGCCAAAAUAUUGAACCACGUUAAAUAUACCAUAUGAAAACAACUGAAAAUUUAGAAAAACAUUCCAUUUUAACAAAUACUCCUUUGUUUUGAUAUUUUAUUUAAAUGUUUGCUCAAAUUACUACUGAUUUAUCAGAAGAUUUGCUUCUACAGAAUGAGAUUUUUCUGUAUUUUUAAAAUGAACUAUGAUUGGACUCUGCGUAGAAGACACAAACUUUCAUUCAUCUUGAAAAGUUUUUAUGAUGAAGUCUUGCUUUACAAAACAUUAUUAAUGUGUUCAUUAUAUGAUUUUUUAUGUUUUGUUAGUAAAAUUGUGAUGUUGUGUUUUAGGUUUUUUAUACAUAUUGUAGAAUUCUGUCCAUUAUUUUAUGUGCAGCUAAUUUUGAUUUUAAGUCCAUUAUUGAUUCAAGCAGAACAACAAUCUGCUCCUCAUUUUGUAGUGCAGCCAUCAUUUACUGGAGGAAUUGUGACAGAAAAUCAGUCAAAAAUACUGCAGUGCCAAGCUAUAGGUUUUCCUCCGCCUGAAUAUAAAUGGUUAAAAAAUGGUCAAUCAUUAGGAAAUUUUUCACAUGAUCCUUUACUUCGAAUAUCAAAAAUUACAAAAACUGAUGAAGGAAUAUAUCAGUGUAUUGCUCAUAACAAUGUUGGUGCUAUCUUCAGUGAAAAAACUGCCUUAACUGUUGCUU